CAUUGAGGUCCGCCGUGGUACAGCUUGCUCUGCGACACCCGACGCUCCCACCGUUCGUAGGACGUGUCCGCCAUCUCAAAUACACCGUCUUCUCUCUCGCUCGAGACUGCUUCUCUACCUCCACCCGCACUCUACUCCAUCAUGGCUCUCUUUCAACGCCGCCUCGUCUCUCGCUCCGCGACUCCUCGUCAUGUCACCCACCCCAUCCUCUACCAGCGCCCUUACUCCAUCCCCGUCGCUAUCGCCCUCUUCAGCGUCGUAGCAUGGAACACUGUCAUGGUCGGCUUGUGUAUCGCUGCCGCCUGCAUCACCGUCUUCCCGGAUAGCCAGGACGACGAGUCCGGACCACUGGCCCAGUAUCAAGCGCCCGACGUCCUGUUCUGGAUCGCGAUCCCCAUCGUCGUCUGGCUCGUGUCUCUCGUCGAUCUCCACCAACGUUGGAGACGCGCGCUGUCACCUCUGCACAUCGUCAUCUCCAGCUCCUUCGGACUACUUCUGUGGAUCGUGGCCGUCGGCCUCUGGUUCCCUUGCACGUGGACUGCAGCAGAAUACUACACAGUGACCGAUGUCGGGUACUGUCCACUCAACAACGGCGACUACGCCAACGGAGGCGAGCCCUUUUUGGUCCCCUUCAUUGCGAUUGGUGCCGUGGUUUGCUACUGCGCCUAUUUCAUCCUUGGCAUCAUAACCUUGCGUCCUCGCCGAGCACUGUGGCCCGAAAGCGAGGAGUACGAUGUCGAGCAACGCAAGAGGUACAAGAUCACCUCCAGCGUCUACACGAACGACUAUACAGUCUCCGAGUCUCUGCCCUCAACCCUGGCCGGCGACCGCACGUCGGGAACCGAGGCGCCUGCGACUAGGCCUCCAAGCUAUGUAAUCAAAGGCACGCCUCACAGAGCGCACUCGCACUCGAGCGACCAGAAGAACCGCUUGUCUGGGGCGGAGGGCUGCUGUGACUGUCAAUGCCAUCACCACACCAACUCGACGAUCUGAUGUGCCAGGACUCUGACUGUUGUGCGCUUCUCCUUUCGUAACCGCUACGUCAAGUUCAGUGGGGUGGUGGAUGGAAAGCAAUCUGGGAGGAUGUAGCUUAUUGAGUAUGAAUAAUCCAUUGAGGGCUUGCGUUUCCAUCAUAACCCCCGCUUCAUCCCAUGCUUUACGUCCGUCCAAACCACAACGAUAUGCGGAGUUGUGGCUGAAUGCAGUGGCAGCCUUGCUCAAGCCAGAGCACGCGAGGCCCGAACACAAACUUUCGGGACGUUCCGGGAGCGCCA